GGUGGCCUAGCACCCUCCUGGGCCGUGGUGAAGAAGGAGCGUCUCUGUUACAUCCUUGGGGGUUACAAGUACCGCGUGAACAAGUACGACAGCAAACGCACCCUGCAGGCGGUGGAGGAGAUUCUGGCCGAGGCAGAGGCAGAGGCUGGCAGGAAGAUAUGGUACAAUGUUUUCCUCCAGAACUGCGAGCACUUUGUCACCGAGCUGCGCUAUGGCCAGAGCAUCAGCCACGAGCUGUGCGCCAGCCCAGGGGUGAGCGUGCGUGGGGCUGCGGGCGGUGCUGGCCUGCAGCUGCAGGAGGUGCCUCUGCAAGGCCCCGAUGCCAGCCUGGGGGGCUCGGGCAGUGUGGGGAGGGUCCUGAUUGCCACCAGCUCCAGUAGCCAGCUCCUCCCUGUCCCGUAGGUGCUGGAUACGGUGACUGGUGUGGCUGUCCCCUCGCUGAGUUUGUUCUCGCUGCCCUUGUUCUUUGUGGUAGUGGCCACUGCUGCCACCAUGGGCUACAUCUGCUGGAGGCAUUUCUAGUAGCUGGUGUUGAAACAUGUUUUGGAAUAUGCCAUUAUUGUUCAAAACAUGUUAUACUCACGCUAUGAUUUUGCUUAUGAAUGCUUAUGCUAAGCAAGCCGUUCACUUAUGCUAAAUAACCAUCUUAACUGUGUCAACCGUUUUCUGAAAAAGCAGGGAGUGAGCCUGCGUAAGUCUGUGCGCUGUGGCUGAGGUGGGAGUAAUGGUUGAACGAAGGCUGGUAUGAACCAGCUGUAGUAAGUAACCAGGUAAGAUACAGGGGUCUGAGGAACGUGGAGAUGGUACAACUGGGACUGAAAAACAGACUGGAUUGUGAAAAAUGAAAUGUAACUGGUGACAGAGUCCAAAAUAAAUCUAGGCAAAAAGGAAGAUGGUGAUUGGUGAAAAAGCCUCCAGCAGUUUCCAGGCUUUGGUCAAAGUCUGCCCCAAAAAGAAAUAAAAAGGCAGUGAACAGUCAGCCUACUGAGGGCCUUGACCACCAACACCAACCUACCCGCACGUUGUGAGAGAGACGACGCCCCCUCUCAACUGGACAUCGCCUUGAAGAAGCCUGUGACUGGACAUCGCAGCAUGACUCCAAGAGCCGCGAAUAGGUGACUUAGUGUGAAUGGUGUGCACGACGAGUGUGUGGUGUGGCGUGGUGCUAAAUAAUCGGACUCAGUUGCCCAUUACUAUGCAAUAAACCCUGGUUUGCUGAACCUGCGUGUUGGCUGUAUGUUCAACACUGGGAGCCCUGGCCCAGGCGCAAGCAUGAAUGGCACGUGCCCCCAGCAGCUGGGGGGGGCAUGGCAGUGGUGGGAGCACGGCAGCGGUAAGCGGGGAGCUCCCACGGAUGCUCUUGGCAGCCAGGGGGGUCAAGCACCGACUACCGGUCAGUGACGCCCCGUGGACGCCGAUGGCAGCCAGUGGGGAUUGCUGACUGCCUGCAGACGCUGCCGGUGGUGUCUGCGGUGGGGUGGUGAGCUAUGACCACCCACCGGCACCGCCAAGUGUCGGCAGUGCCUUUUUGUAGGGGGUGCACGUGCAUCCAUGUGCACCCCCUACUUGUCGCCCCGUCUUCUUUU